AUGGCGCUGGACUUUGACAGCAACGAUCAGUACGCGCUCACGCUUCUCUCCAACAACGGCAGCGACGACCAGUACGACGGCUGCGCCAGUGGGAACAACAGUCUCGCGACGCGACCGUACGCAAAGCACGCGGCCGGCGCGGACAAUGAACACAUGCGGACCGAGAUCGUGCGACUUGAGAACGUGCUGGCCAGUCGCAUCGCAGCCCGUGCCAAUCAGGACAAGUCGGAGCUGCCUCUCGAGCGCUCGAGCAAGAUUGAAAAGUACGUCGAAGUGAUGGAGCUGACCAAGUGCCUUCGUCGUCAGAAGGAGUUUCUGCUGAGUGAGAACCGCAAGCGGCAGCGCUUUGCCGAGAAGAUUCAGCAGGCCAUGCCGCCUUCUACUGAUAGCAUCCAGUUUAUGAAGAACGUCAAGUACCCAUCUGAUGAAGAGCUGGAAAAGACGUCGCGCGAGGCGUUCUCGGAGAUGAUGGAGUAUCAGGUGAGUGGCGAAGCUACGACGUACAUUGACUGGCAGACGAAACGCGAGUCCAAGUCAAUGUACAUGCACGCGUUCUCGUCAAAGACGUUUGUGGAUGAAGACAUGGUGCGUAUUUUCAAUGAGACGUGGGCGAUGUUCUACGACGAGACUCAGCAGGAACUGCUACAUCGACGACGAAGCAAGUUUUGCAUUCUAAAGAAGCUGAACGACAACAUGUACUUGACGCGGAACAUUCACCAGUUUAUCGGCGAGAGCUUUCCACGCCACGCCAUGACGCUAGUAUGCCGCAUUUCGAUUGAUCAGAACACGUUCGCCAUCAUCAGCAAGUCGGUGGUACCGCCCACGAACGAUGCACAGCAUCUGGUGUGGACCGAUGAGUGUUAUAUGUGGAAGUUUGUGCGGCGAAUGGACGUACAGGGCGGAUUUGACAUCUCGAUUCGCGGCAAGUAUGGCAGCACGUCGGCUGUGGCAGGCAACCGCUUGCCCAUGCUUGAAUCCUACUUUCAACUCGUGGACUGGGAGUCGUUGGUUAUCCGGCCCAUGUUUGACUUCACGACCGCAUAG